AUGGCCCACAAGUUCUGGGAGCGCAUGAGCGGCGCUCAACUCGUCUUCAUGGUCAACUUCGUCGUAGCCUGGGGCGUUUUCUUCGAAGGAUGGAAUCAGGGAAACAUGGGUUUUGUCAACAGCGCCCCUACAUACCAGUUGAAAAUGGGUCUGGGACCCGGUGAUGGUACCGUUACUAACCCGACCAGAGAGGGUGGCAUCGUCGCGAUCUAUUACCUCGGGGGAACAAUUGGCGGGCUCUGGGGCGGUCACAUUGCUGACAAGUAUGGUCGUGUAAAGGCGCUUAUAUUGGGUGCGCUAUUUGUUCUACUUGGUGGAUCGCUGAUGGCCACAGCGGAAAACAUCGCCUGGAUGUGCUGUUCCCGCGUCAUCGCCGGGCUCGGCGUCGGCUUCUUUAUCGGCAUCAUCCCCGUCUGGUCCUCCGAGAUCACCUCAGCUCGCCGCCGCGGCUCUCACUUCUCCCUGCUUUGGUGCGGUAACUUCCUCGGCAUCUUCUGCGCCUACUGGGUCGGAUAUGCCCUUUCAUUUGUGGACGGAGGCAACUCCACAAUUCGCUGGCGACUGCCCCUCGCUUUGCAGGUGGUUCUCCCCGCUAUCAUGAUCCCUGCCAUCUGGGUGCUGCCCGAGUCGCCGCGCUGGCUGAUAAAGGAAGGGAGGAAUGAAGAGGCCUUGAGGAUCAUCGCUGUCUUGCGCGGGGACGGGAACGCAGAUCAUCCGGACGUGAAGCGAGAAUAUAUCGAUAUCCUGAAGACAUUCGAGGAGGAUAAAAGACUGGCGGAUUUCGACUCGUACUGGCGCCUCGCAACGGAUUACAAAGAAGGCGGUUUACAUUAUGGCCGUCGUGCGUUGCUGGCGUUUGGAAUUCAGAUUCUGGUCGAGGUCGGCACGGGCAUUGCCCUCACGACUAUCUAUGCACCGACGGUAUUCAAGCAGGCCGGAUUUAGUACGGCGAAGAUAGGCUGGCUAUCUGGCCUGAAUGGCGCAAUGGGUCUGGCCGGCACUGCUGUCGCAGCAUUCUUCUGCGACCGCUUUGGAAGACGGAUGAAUCUGAUGGUGGGAAAUACCCUGUUGGGUACGUGGAUGUGGAUUUACGCAGGGCUCUCUAAGGGUGCCCUCGACCAUCCCGACCAACAAUCUUCAUACGGGUCGGCCGCCUCUGCCAUGAUCCUCAUCUUCACCUUCACGCUGUGUGUCUUCUGGAUGAUCCCCUGUUUUAUCUACGCGGCCGAGAUCUUUCCCACCGCGCUCCGCGCCAAGGGUAACGGGUUUCUCGUCGCCGGAUGGGGACUCGGCAUUGGCAGUGGGGUGCUGUGGUUCCCGAUCGUGGUGCAGAAGCUCGGAUAUAAGACCUUCUACAUCUUUGGCGCGGCUAAUUACGUCUGGAUUGCAGUGAUAUAUUGUUUCUUCCCAGAGACGGCGGGAAGAUCGCUGGAGUCGAUUGACUUGCUGUUCCGCUCCGACUCGUGGUUAGCAUGGCGUAACGAGAAGGAUUAUGAAAGAUUGGCGAAGGAGCAUGAGGAGGGCGUUGCGAGAGGUGUGGAGCUGUUUGAGAAGGCUGGAAUUGUUGGGCAUAGUGUUGAACAGAAGGAGAGAGAGCAGGUCUAG